UACAACUCCUGCCAGCACCGAAACUCGAACCUGCGACCUUCGGGUUACAAGUCCAACUCUCUAACCAUUAGGCCACAGCUUUCUAAUGCUGCAUUAAUUGAGCAUAUUCUCUGAGACAACGAGAGCCGAAACUACUUCAACAUAUGCUGAUAACAUUAUAUAAUUGUCUUAAUUUUUUCCCUUAAUAUUUCUCUUGUGGUCGAUAUAGUGAAAAACAUGAGAAGAAACGUAUUUUGCGUUAAACAGGUUGUUCUUGAAAGUCGGUGCACGAUUUUUCAUGAUGACUGCAGUGUUAAUAAUUUUAAUUAUAGGCCUGUAAUUCAUUGUAUAAAUUAAUAGACCUGUUUAAAAAAAAUAAUAAUAAUAAAACCUUUUUAAAAACAUUUUAAAUGAGGAGUCAGCUAAUGGCCUAAACUUUAAUUAUCCUCACAGUGCGUCAUGCAGUGAUGCGCUAUAUGGUAAUUAUUGCGGGACAAUAAUUUCAUGUAAUUUAAUAAUAAAAGUAACCUAAUAAUAAUAAUAAUAGGCCUAAUAAUAAGAAGAAUGUAACAGGCCUACAAUAAUUGGAAAUGCUAAAUAGUCUCAAUAAUAUUGCCUAUUUUUGAUGUUUUUGACAAUAUCGUCGACACAUGAUACGAUGCAACUUAGCACGGGGAGGUUAUCGUGGGAGAACUGUUAUGCCGUAUGCUAUGCCACUGUGUGGAAAAAGUUGUAUGAAUAGUCGGCACUUUAUCUAUUGUAAAAAAAAAAAAUGGUUAGAAUUUACACUGUUUUCCUGCCAGUUGGCAUUGAGAAUGACUGACACUUAAUGGUCAGAAGAAAAAAAAAUACUAAAUAGUGUAAAAAAGAAAAACAUAAAAAAUAAAGAAAAACAAUGAAAAAGGAAAAAAAAUCCCUACUUUCUCUCUUUUCUAUGUGCGUUCAUAAAUUGUAUUAAAUUUGUAAGUGUCAUAUUUGGCAGUUGGCAUUAGAAGUUAUAUUACUAACACACAGAAAAAGCCUUUUUCGAAGCUGCUGUAUAUAAAAAACAGAAGGUGGCUGCAUGAAUGUGCAUGCUAUUUAGAUCCAGCUGAAGCAUAGGCAUUCUUUACUUUCACUCAAUUUCAUUAGUUUUUAGCACCCCCUCUGAACUGUUAAGCCCCUCCUUAGCACCCCUAACAAAAAAUAAAUACAUAAAUAAAUUAAUAAAAUCAUGGAGCUGCCACUAUGAAAAUACUGUUUGUACAGUAUAACAACAAUUAGGCCAUAUGUAAUGUCUCCAUAAAACAUGGAAACCCAACGUGUGUGUGUGUGUGCGUGUGUGUGUCACAAUAAUCAGUUUUUAAACACAUUAUAAUUGUCCCUCGUUUUGGCAUAAUUUCCAUCAGGACCAACAAUCUCAUUAGAAAAUAAAUGAACAAAAAUUAGAGUGCUUGGUUACCAAGGAGACAAAUUUGCCAGUAAUGAGAUGAAAUGCAGGCAUUUAAUGUGUGAAGAAAAAACAAGGUAGCUUAAUUAUCACAUAGGCCUAAACUAAAUAUAUUAUGCAUAAUUUCCAGUUAAGUUGUCAUAUUAUCAAAUAUUCAAAAUUAUUUGAAAACGAUGUACACUAACUAUUAAUUGAACAUUUUUAACGUUGUAAGUAGAUAUCCUAAAUUAAACUAAUGGAAGUGUGAAAUCCGUUUCAUGGGCCAAAAGUACUCAUAGUUGCCUUCUUUCUAGUGUGUUUCGACUUUUUUGUAUGGAUAAAGGUGGUGAAAAUGUAACUGUCAGGAAAUUGUGUAUGGCCAGUGUGUAUGGUCGCCAUGAUGGAUAUCAAUAAUAUCUUCACAUUAGCAGAGCCUCCUCCGUGUUGAUUGGAUGGGUGAUCGGCACGCCCACAUAAACCGUCAAUCAGCUGGUCGUCAUGGAAACAGGCGCGUAAAGUACUGUGAGUCGGCGCAAGUCUCUGAGCGCGGCAGAUCUGUGAGGGGAUUAUAAACGCUCUUGGAAUCUCAUCGCCCCAGACAACCGUGAAAAUAGUUUACGUCUUGCUCUGUGCUUUACAGCAUCUCCACAUCUUUAAACUGACAGUAUGUAAGCAGAGAAAACACCCGCUUGUAUAAUUGAUCCAGUAUUGCCAGUGUGGACUGUUAUUGACUUUGGUACUGUUUGAUUAACCAUGUCCACACAAGAGACAGAAUUACCCGACAGUCAGGAGAGGGUGGGUUUGAAGAGAAAACUGACGGGUCCACCGAGACUUUUGCUGGGGAAGUCAAAAUCAAGGGAGAAACUGGAAGGUAAAUCUCUGAGAAGGCAAAGACAAGCUAAAAGUUGUGAUAGCACAGCGGAGAAUAAUGAUCAAGAAAAAAAUGGAAAUGAAUCCUUACUUAUUACCCACCCCAGCCCAGAAAAACCCUUAGAGGAUAAGGAAUCCCAGCCAGAUGCUCCAGGAGAUACCUCAGGAAUUCUUGUAACAUUGGAGCAUAGUGAAAGCAAAGAUGAAAAUAAAGAAAGUAAAACAAAAAUGACCAGAAGCACUUCAAAAACAUCCAUUAAAAGGACAUUCUCCUCACUCCUCAGGUGUGGAAAGAGGGAGGAAUCAGAGAAAACAGAAAACAAGAUUUUGAAUCCUCAAAAAACAAAGAAAAACAGAAACAAAGCUCAGCACAGUACGUUUAACUCCAUGGAUGAGAAUAAACUGAGUGAUGUAAACAAGGACGUUCCUAAUGGUAAAAGUAAAACUAGGGCUUUCUUUACAGUGUGGCCCCUUUCUAAGAGAUCCACUACAUCCAAUGUCAGUCUAGGAAGUGGCUGUAGAGAGCAAGACAAUUGCAUGGUUUUUCAGGAGAUAAUGGCACCAAAAGGUUUGACAUUUAAAAAGAUCCCCCACAUCUUUCCAAGAAAGAAGAAAGCAUCUGAAAUUGAUCAGUUUGAGUAUAAUGCUCCUAAGGAAUCACAAAAAGAAGAAGCUGAUCAACUGAAUCAAUCACCUGAGGCUGCUUUGGACAUUUCCUGUAAAGAAAAAGAAGAGAACCAAAAGGAAGAACAAGACAUAAUAGCGGAAAGCCUUCCAGAGACAUUUACAUUCAGUGCAGAGGUGAGCAUUAACUCACAUACUGAGUCUGACCACAUAGAUGAGAAGAUAUGUCCUGACAAAGAUGUUAAUUUAAAUAAAGAGGUAAACCAGGUAUUAAAAACUAAUGGUGUUUUGGAUUCUGAGGUUCCUCCAUCAUGUUGCAGUGAGUUUCCAGGCACAUCAUCAGGUGGUGAUCUGCUAGUCUUAAUUGAGAAGCCUAUUAAAAAUAAUGUCAAAUGCAAGCCAGUGAUUACUAUAGAGCAAGCAUAUUCAUCAGAGGAAGAGAACAUGAAUGAGACACCUCAGUUUGAUGGUCUCACAGUGAACGGAUCCUGGCAACAUUUAAGAAUAAACAGCCUAACAAUCAACACACUGCAUCCUUCUGACCUAAAUGUGUCUCCUGAACUGGACCACAGCCAUUGUAAUGAGACCUUACUGAUUCAGACGGCAAUUUCAAUGGUGCAAGCAGCCAUUCAUGGCGCUGUGGAGCAACUCACAAUCGAGCAGCAGCACAAUCAGAUAAGUUUGGAUCAUGCAUAACCACACAUAUCUAUAUACUUUAUUCAGCAAAUGGUUUCAUAUUUCAUAUGAUGGUAUAAAUAAAACUGUGUGUAACAGAUGGAAAAAAGAGAAGAGGAAUUGGUGUGUAUAAACAAACAAUGGUAAUGUUUAUUAUUGAUGUCGGAUUGUGGAAAAGUUUGUAAUUUUAUGUCAUUUUAAUGAUGUAAGGUUGUACUUGCAUGAUUAACUUUUGUCAUAUAUUCAUUAAUGUUACCUUCUAUUGUUCCUGUUUUUUAUAUGGCAAUGUCACUGCAGUCUAGUUUCUAUAGCAUUGAAUAUCCCACACAUGACUCUGAGAAGGCAACAAUUCACAUGCUUAUGAUAUGUUGUGUGAAACUGCCUUCCAUAAACAUUUAAGGCAACGUUUUUAAUGAAAAUAUGUGGUCUGAGAACCCAGGUGUGCAUAUAGAAUGUUUUUUUCAGAUUUAAAUGAAGCUCUGACUGAAGCAUUCAGUGAAAUUGUUAGAUAUUUAGUCACUGUAUACUGUACAUCUCAAGCUUGGGAGUUAUGCUUAAAGAUAAUGAUUACACAGAGUUGGCAGCAGAGAUUAUGUUUGCUUUUUUGACUACAUGCUACUCUCUUGUGGCACUGAAAUGUUACUACAAGACGGUCAAUUAUGGGAUAGUUCAGCAAAAAUGAAAAUUGUCAUGAUUAACUUGCCUUCAUGUUGUUACAAACCUGUAUAAUUUUCUUUCCUCUGGGAAAAACAAAAGCGAAUAUACUGAAUGAUGUUUUAUCCACUUUUUGUCCAUACAGUGAAAGUCAAUGGGGACCAAAACUACACUGUACUCCAUUGACUUUCAUUGUAAAGACCAAAAAAAAAAAAAAAAUUAUAUGCAGGUUUGGAUUGACAUGAGGGUGAGUAAAUAAUAACAGAUUUUAAUUUGGGGUGAACAAUCCCCAGUCAGUGCCAAGGAAACCAAUGACAAGUAUAUAACCAAAGCAGAUGCAUUAUAAAACACAGUUUAUUCAAUGUGCCAUUUAUUAAAAAAACAAAAAAAAAAAAAAAAACAACACAUUAUCACACAA